AUGUCGAAAGAAUCAGAUUACCUAUGUAAUUUGGUAAGAGACUUACUCUCAGAACUCACUCGAAUUCGCUGGUGUGGGUCCGAACUAGAAUCAAUGUUCCAUCCCAACAUAUGGCGCAAUGCCAGUGAAAUAUGCGGUCUUGCAAACCUAGGUAUGCAUAUUAACUGGGAGGGGAAGACCGUUGGAUCAUUUCCAGAUCCAUCAACUAACGACGUGACGACACGAUUUCUAAAAUUUGUCGGCGAAAUUCCGGAUCUCGGAACCAGGAAGCUCUUUUCGAUAUCGCCGCCAAUAUUUAUACCCGGAUGCGAUGUAAUUUACGUCGGCUCUUCUCCAGACGUGAAAAUCACGAGCUUUACUGACAUACUUCCAGAUUUAGAAGAUAGUAAGAAAUACGCCUUCGUUUGGGAUGUGCGCGCCGAUAUGCCUUGUGAACAUGAGGAACGUGAACGUAUUCUCGCUGGUGAACCUUAA